AUGUCAGAUCGUUCCCAGUUACAGCGGGAAGUCGAUGCAGCAUAUACUGUACAAGUGAGGGCCGCGACGAAGGGAGCAGCCCGAGCAGGAGCUUUCGGCGUUGGGGUCGUCACGUUUGCCCAUUAUGCAUGGCCACUCUUCCGACGACAGACACUGCCAUUCAAAGCAUUCCUGGUCUCCGUAUUCACCUUGGGUGGUCUAGUGAUCGGGGCAGAUAAUGCCCUUUUGACUCACGAGGCAGAAAGGCGGCAGUCUGAGCAUGCUAUUCGUCGUGAGGCCAGGAUAGACCUUGCUCGUCGAGGGCUCGUCGCAACAGAAACCGAAAUUGCAAAAUGGCGAGCAGAAAGGACUCGACGACUGGAAGAACGGUCCAACGAAGAUCCUUCGUGA